UCCAUAUCUUUGUGUGAGUAACAGCGCUAUUAUAACUUGAGCGUGCAUUUAACGCACAAUGAACUUUACGCAUCGAUGCAGUUACACGCGCAAGUGUGUUUUUUAAACGUUGUGUGGCUGUGUUUAUUUGAAACGAGGCAGUUUAUGGCCACGUAAUAGGAAUUAUGCGCUGGUGUACAGAUGACAGCGUUGAUUUGUAUUGUUGCCUUAGCUGCUGAUGCCCCGCCUCUUAAACCUGGCACCCAGCUAAAACAAACGAAAGUCAGUCUCGAGCUCCCACUCAAGCCAAUUAAGGCGGACUUCACGCGCCCUCUUACGUGUCUAUCUCGCUGUGUCGACGCUGAAGCAACAGGAACAGAGGAGCUGGCCAAAAAAAGAGAAGAAGAAGAAGAAGAAGAAGAAGAAGAAGGACAGGUUCCUUUGCCUUCUGAUUUCUCCAACACAGAACAAUGUCGAUGAGUCCUAAGCAUACGACUCCUUUUUCUGUGUCCGAUAUCUUAAGUCCUCUUGAGGAGAGCUACAAAAAAGUAAGUAUGGAGGGGAACAGUCUGGGGGCUCCUCUUGCCUCGUACCGGCAACCGCAGGUCACACAGGCAGCGAUGCAGCAGCAUCACAUGGGCCACAACGGAGCCGCUGUGCCCGCUGCCUACCACAUGACAGCCACAGGAGUGCCACAGCUGUCCCACACGGCUAUGGGAGGCUACUGCAACGGCAAUCUGGGCAACAUGAGCGACCUGCCGGCUUAUCAGGACGGCAUGAGGGGCAGCACGACAGCCACAAGCUGGUACGGAGCAAACCCUGACCCGCGCUUUUCUACCAUCUCUCGCUUCAUGGGCUCCUCUUCCGGCAUGAACAUGAGCAGCCUCGGCUCCUUGGCAGAUGUGGGUAAAGGCAUGGGAUCCCUGAGCAGCGCGCCGAGGAGAAAGAGACGCGUGCUCUUCUCGCAGGCGCAGGUCUAUGAGCUCGAGCGCCGCUUCAAGCAGCAGAAGUACCUCUCGGCGCCGGAAAGGGAGCACCUAGCCAGCAUGAUCCACUUGACCCCGACCCAAGUGAAAAUCUGGUUCCAGAAUCACCGCUACAAAAUGAAAAGGCAGGCCAAAGACAAAGUGUCCCAGCAGCAGAUGCAACAAGAGAGCGGUUCUUGCCAGCAGCAGCAGCAGCAGUCUCCGCGGCGGGUAGCCGUGCCCGUGUUGGUGAAGGACGGCAAGCCGUGCCAAGGCGGCGGCCACACUCCUACCAGCGCGGCGCAAAACCAUCACCACCAGGGCGCCAACGUCAUGCUCAUGGCUAAUAAUGGCGCAAUGGGCCAGCAUCCGAGUCAGCAGGUAGGCAGCGCGGGCCAGUCUCCAGAUUUGGGCCAGCACGGUACCAGUCCCUCUUCUCUCCAGACUCAGGUGACCGGUCUAUCACACCUGAACUCCUCUGGCGCCGACUACGGCACGGCCUUGCCCUGUUCCGCUCUGCUGUACGGCAGGACGUGGUGACGACAGGACAGACCACAGACGGAUAGACAAUAUCUGUAGGCUAUGUGACCUCGACGUCUGCUUUGACCGAGUCAACAGCAACACACACACACACACACACACACACACACAAA